UGCAACUAAGCUAGUGGAACAUCAUUGGCUUCAUCAGUUACAAGAUCACUCCAGUUCGGUACAGGGACAAUCCAAGCCAGACAAAAUGAAGAUCAUAUGCCUCUGUAUUGCUCUCUUAGGCGCUGCAGCCAAUGCUCAAAGUACUGCACAUGCUUAUAACAACGUCAACCAGUUUAGUUUCCUUCCAACGAACAGCCAUCACAGUCAAAGCAACACUGUUUCCACGGCAUUUGGUUACCAUGGUAACAGUUUAUCCACCAACAACGGUAACCAAGCUCAAGCACCUGCACCCGCCUACCCAACGACGAAUACCAACGCUUACCCAAUGUCAAACAACUACGCCUACCAAGCAAAUGGUUACAAUGGUUACCAAAGGAACGCCGCGUCCGCUACAACUGGUUACCAGAGCAACACAAACAACAUCAACUCUUUCAUGCUUCCAAUGAUGAUGGGUAUGGACCAAGGAAGUCACAUGGCAACUCUCGGAAUGAUGAUGAACUCGAGACAGGGCAACAGCAUGCUCCCCUUUUACAUGAUGAACCAAGGGUAUGAGAACAUGCUGCCCAUGAUGGCCUUCAUGAACCGCGGGAACCAGAGAGGCCAGAGGAUGAACCCCUUCAUGAUGAUGACUCUUCAUGAAGCGAUGAACUGAGGAACAUUGACUAAACUGUUGUGAAAUAUUUGAGUGAAUACAAGGAGUUGAUUAUUUAUUAAUGUAUGUUUGUUAGAUGGUAUCCCAUGAUGGUAUCCCAUGCACUCUCAAAACGUUGAUGUAUCAAAAUAUUUAUUGACUUAUUUAUGAAACAAUAAUAAUUUAUUGAAUAAACUUA